AUGCCAUCUACCACCGUCUUCCUGGCUGCUAGUGCAGCAGUCAGCUGUGCUUUCGCGCAGACUGUACCCGAGUCUGCGCAGAUCGUCGACCAGAAGAGCUUCAAUGUUCUGCCAAAUGUCCCACCGCCUUCCGGAGCUAAUGCUUCAACGCUGUUUGUUUGGCCCGGUGUAACCGAAGAGUCUCUAUCAGCCAAGCCCUUCCACAUCUAUGAUGAGGAAUUCUACGAUGUCAUUGGUGACAGCCCUUCGUUGACCACCAUUGCAACCUCAGAGUCGGACCCCAUCUUCCAUGAGGCUGUCACCUGGUACCCUCCGACUGAGGAAGUUUUCUUCGUCCAGAAUGCUGGUGCUCCUGCCGCGGGCACCGGACUGAACAAGUCUUCCAUUAUCCAGAAGAUCCGUCUUUCGGAUGCCGAGAAAGUGAGGAAUGGAACCCUCGAGGCAGCCCCCGUGACCGUGGUCAACACCUCCAACCCACAGGUUAUCAACCCCAAUGGUGGCACUAACUGGAAGGGCAACAUUAUCUUCGCUGGUGAGGGCCAGGGUGACAACGUGCCAUCCGCGUUGUAUGUUAUGAACCCUCUCCCACCGUACAACACGACCACUCUUGUGAACAACUACUUUGGUCGCCAGUUCAGCUCGCUCAACGACUUGGUCGUCAACCCAACCAAUGGUGAUCUGUACUUCACCGACACUCUCUACGGAUACCUCCAGGACUUCCGUCCUUACCCCGGUAUGCGAGAGCAGGUGUACCGCUACAACUUCGACACUGGUGCGCUGACCGUUGUCGCCGAUGGUUUUGGCCACCCCAACGGAAUCACUAUCUCACCUGAUGGCAAGAAGGCCUAUGUCUCCGAUACUGGUGUUGUAGGCGGAUUCUACGGUCUUAACCUGACUGCUCCUGCGUCGAUCUACUCAUACGAUGUCUGCGAAGACGGCACCUUCGACAACCGCAAGACCUUCGCUUACGUCCCCGCUUUUAUCCCUGAUGGUGUACACACUGAUUCCAAGGGUCGCGUUUACGCUGGUGCCGGUGACGGUGUAUGGGUCUACAACCCUUCUGGCAAGCUCAUCGGCAAGAUCUACACUGGCGUGACAGCGGCUAACUUCAAGUUCGCGGGAGAGGGGCGCAUGGUCAUUACCGGACAGACCAAGCUGUUCUACGCCACUUUGGCCGCAUCUGGCGCACCUAUUCAGUGA